AUGCCACCCACAGAACAAACUCGCACUCCUCAUUCCCUUCUUUUCCAUCUUCCGAGAGAGAUUUUCCUUUACAACAUUUUUGAAUACUUGAUUGGACCUAUUGGAUUGUUUUCAAGAGCAUUCCAUGCAUUGGAUCAUACAACGUAUCAGGACGACCUCUCCUUGUCCAAUUUACUAUCCGAUCCCAUCGUUUCCAAUUUUAGUAUUUCAUUUGAAAAUGUGAAAGGAUUGAAUUCAUUUUGUAUGGCUACUUGUAAAACAUUGGUGGAACGAUUUUUACCAUCACAAUUUGGUUCAACUGAUGAUCGUUGUGAUGAUGCUGAACAUUAUAAUAUUUUCAUGGAAAAGUAUUGGCUCACUCUUUCAAACAUGUUGGAUUUAAUUAUUUAUUUGAAAAGAAAACCCAAUUCUCUCUCACUCGUUCAAGGAGAUUUUAACGCAAUUGAAGCAGAAGAAAUGGCAAACAUCCAAAUCUUGUAUCAAAACGUCGAAUUUGGAAAAUGUGUCAAAUAUUCAGAGACCAUCAUGGAUGGAAAUAGUUCUUGGUAUGCUAGUAAUUAUAUAGACCAUAUUCGCUCACUCAAGGAUGAAAAUGACGUUGAACUCAUUGCACUCAAUUAUGAAGAACGGUUACGACUUGUAGUCAUGAGUUUUGACAAGUAUGAACAAGUGAAAAUGCAAAUGAAAGGAAAAAUUUCAAGUUUUGAACUCUUUCUCAUGAAGGCACAUAUUCUGUCUCUUGGAAUGUUGGAACAUUUUGAUGUGGAACAAUACCACUCAUACAACCAAAACUAUAUGGAUUUGGUUCAUGAAGAUUUUUAUGACAAUUUGACGUUUCCACAUGUUGCCUCAAGGUGUGAUUAUUCUUUGGAUGAAAACCAAGCUGAGAAGAGUGUAGUAGCAAGCGUCAAGGAAUUUUGGCCGAACAAGGACAUGCUUCCAUCGAGUGCCAUUCAAUUCUUGAGCGUUGGAUUCGAUGAAUAUUUUGGAUCUUGUUUUGAUGAUAUUGUCUUUCCCAACGUAAAAUAUUUAAGAAUUGUCAUUGGACAUGAACAAUAUUCACGAACAGAGGAAUCUAUUCAAGCCGAGAAACAAUUAUUUUCAGCACUCACUAGUAAGGCCUUUCCCAAAUUAUGUCACUUGUCCGUUAAGGGAAUUUAUAACCUUCAAACGCUGAGUCAAUGUGAAAUUCUCCAACAAUUGUUAUACUUGGAUGUCAUUCCAUUCCCAUACGAUGAAGGUUCUUCAUUCAAAUUGCUUUGGAAUGAAAACGAAAUGCCCACACUCAUUCAAUUAUUGACUCGAGAGACAUGUCCAGUUGCUCCUCAUCUCAUUCAACUCAUUGUUCAUGGAAGUAUUAAUUGUAAAUGGUCUGAUUUGACUUGGGAUCGAUUGAAAGAGUUUUAUCAAACCACGAGAAACAAAUUUGUGGCUUCACUUUCUCAUUCAUCCAUUCAAGAAUUUUAUUCUACAUGUUGUGAAUAA